GGAUGGGCCCCGCCCCCGGCCCCAGCCCUCCCCUCCCGGGUGAGGCUGCGCGCGGCUCCGGAGCGGCAGCCGCAUGGCGGGCGGCGGGGGCGGCCGGGGCGUCGUGGCCGCGGCUGGAGCCCCGCAGCACGUGCUCCUGCUCCCAGAACAUUUAAAAGAGGCUUCAAAGAGGACGAGAAGUGGGCUCUUCUUUGCGAAGCUGCCUAACCCAGGUUCGGGAGAAGGAGCCAUUUACUUGUUCAAUAUGUGCCUGCAGCAGUUGUUUGAAAUAAAAGUUUUCAAGGAAAAGCACCACUCCUGGUUCAUAAAUCAGUCCGUCCAAUCAGGAGGUCUUCUCCACUUUGUCACACCCAUGGACCCUCUGUUUCUGCUUCUCCACUACCUUGUAAAGGCCGAUAAAGAGGGGAAGUUUCAGCCCCUGCAUCAGGUUGUGGUGGACGACGUGUUUCCAAACUGCACCUUGUUGCUCAAACUUCCUGAACUUGAAAAGUUACUUCGACACGUGACAGAGGACAAAGAAAUAGACAAAAAGAAAUACUACAAGUACAGCAAAGAGAAGACAUUAAAGUGGCUGGAAAAAAAGGUCCGUCAGACAAUGGCGGCAUUAAAAGCCAGUAACGUGAGCGUCGGGGCCCGGGUGCGAUCAGCUGCAUUUCUUUUGCGUGACCAGGAUUCCGGUGACAAGGAAGAGGAUUAUAUUCGUUAUGCUCAUGGUCUGAUAUCUGAUUACAUCCCUAAAGAAUUAAGUGAUGACUUAUCUAAAUACUUACAGCUUCCAGAACCUUCCCCUUCAUUGCCAAUCCCUCCGUCAAAGAAAGUAAAGCUGUCAGGUGGGCCCGUAGAAGCAAAAGAAGAUUACACUAAGUUUAACACGGAUCUGAAGACUGAGAAGAAAAAUAGCAAAAUGACAGCAGCUCAGAAGGCUUUGGCCAAAGUUGACAAGAGGGGCAUGAGAAGUAUUGAUUCUUUUUUUGGUGCAAAAAAUAAAAAAAUUGGAAAGAUGUGAAAUUUUGAAAAUGAAAUCUAGAAAACUUA